AUGGGACACAACUUCGCUGCGUCUGCGCCAGACUCCCCCCACCGUCUCCCUGGCCAUACUAGCCCCGAUAACGAUUUGGAUUAUCCCUCCGGGCUUCUCAAUAGGCCUUCCAUUCGCAUCGAAGAUUUUGAGGAAGUUACGACUAUCAAUGGCGAUGACGCUGACGCAAAUGCUGACUCUACAAAUGUCCGCUCCUACCGAGGGAGCGGGAGGUCUGCGGAGGAGGACAGGCCUGCUUCUCCUCCCUCUUCAAUCAAGGCUUUUGCUUCCGCUCGACGUCGACCACGCCGAGAGAUGGGAGCAGAAUUUGAUCUGGAUCCUGAAGAUAGUGGAACUCGAGCUGCGUCUGUCUCGAACCGAAGCCACAGUAGCAAGCCCCCGACAGGCGAAUACAGACCAGGAAGCAAUCUGAACCGCAGCUACAACGAAGAGCAGAAAAUGGAGACAGGAGAUCCCAUCGAGGCCGAAAUUAACGACGAAGAUCACAGCAACAACAACAACAACCAUUCGGAAAGCUCCAAGGAAGAUCUAUACAUCGAUUUCGAGUUCCUUGAACAGUUCAUACAGACCGAGCGGGCAUCACGCCAUAACGCUCCCAUGGAAAAUGACACCGUUCCCGGGUUGUCCGAUGAUUUUGUUGUCUCGCCAGUCGAUCCCGAAUCCGAAAAGCUUCACAAGAUUCAGCGAGGAGGCCGGGCACUUGACCUGAACCGCUUUAGUUUCUUUUCGACAGUUUGGGAGUCUACGGUUCACGCUUCCGAACUAGCCAAUUUGGUCCAGGAUGGCGAGAGCCUCAAAAGUCUAUUUGAACACCCUCGGAAUGAGCACUGUGUGUGGUGGCUCAACUGUAACAACCCAACCAAAGAAGAGGUCCAAGGGCUGUGUCAGGCUUUCGGUAUCCAUCCCCUGACUGUGGAAGAUAUCAUCACGCGUGAAGCGCGAGAAAAGAUUGAGCUUGUCAGCUCAUACUACUUUGCCUCUUUUCAGUCUUUCCAUACAGUGAAGUCUGGUGAGAACUUGGAGUAUGAAGGCUUCAACAUGUAUGUUAUUGUGUUCCGGGAAGGCGUUUUGAGCUUCAGCUUCAUGCCGAAUCCACAUGCAACCUCUGUCCGCCGGAAAAUUACCACUCUCAAGGAAUAUAUCUCACUCAGCAGCGAUUGGAUCUGUUAUGCUCUGAUGGCCCUCAUAAGAAUGGUUGACACUCAAAUGAUGGUUAGUGAUAACAUCGUCGAUGACUUUGGACCUGUGAUACGCCAGCUUGAGCGAGAGGUAGACUCUAUUGACGAUAGCGUCUUCUUAAUGCGAGACCGUGAUUCAAGCGAGUUCCUCAGACGCAUUGGAUUGGCUCGCAAGAAUUGCAUGGCACUCAUCCGCCUGAUAGGAGGCAAGGCGGAUGUUCUUCGCAGCUUUACCAAGCGCUGCAACGAAGACUAUCCCAAUGCGCCUCAUACUGACAUUGGAAUAUAUCUCAGCGAUAUCCAGGACCACGUUGUUACGAUGGCGACCAACAUCAUUCAUUUCGAGCAGAUUCUUGCGCGUGCUCACAGCAACUACCUCGCCACGGUUUCUGUCAUGAGUAUCUCCCAGGGGAACAACACCAACAAGAUGCUGAAUAAAAUCACGCUCCUUGCCUCCAUUCUAGUCCCUCUCAAUUUGGUCGGCGCCGUUUUUGGCAUGAAUAUACCUGUUCCUCUUGGGACAGUUGACCGUGAUAACCUCGGGCCAUUUUUUGGUGUCGUUGGAUUCAUGGCGCUGUUUACAUCCUUUAUGCUUGGCUUGGGAAGAUAUCAUGGACUAAUUUAA